GUUUUUGAAUUGGUAAGGGUAUUUCCUUUUUUUUUAUCUUUUCUACAAUAUAUUUAUAUCUUCUAUAUGUUCUUAUCUUUCAGCAUAAUGGAUUCUUUCACUCUGGAAGUGAUAGUAUGCUUAUACAUUUGUCAGAACAUGGCUCUGUUCAAAUCGCUUGAUAGCCUUCCUCGAAAACUUAUCCGAACCUUGGCUUGUUUCGCUUCGCCAUUGACUCUCCUCAGGUUUCCUAAUUUUUUUGGUGGUAAAGAUAUCGAAGAAAUUUGGUGGGGACAUAUUCGCCUUCUUGAUUUUUACGAGGGAGAUGAUGUAAUUCCUUUCCUAAAGCGAAAGGUUCAUAUUGGUAUUUUCGGUUCGUCACACGUGUUUUCGUCGGAAAUAGUUAAACUUUUUCAACGCCUUAGAAUAUUUAGAGCACGAGGCUACAUAACCGAUAAGACCUUUGAAAGUUUUACUUUGGAAUGCCUCUACGUAAAAAUGGGAGGCACGCGCUAUGGUAGAAUUGUACGUCCACCAUGCUUUCAUACCUAUACUGAAUAUAUGUUCCGAAACACGAAAUAUUUAACGUUAACUUAUGGAGUCUAUAAAUGGCUAUGUUUACCAAAAAACGUCCAUCUUCUGAGAGCAUUGCGAUACAAUCUGGAACAGGUUUCCUUCAUGAUUAAUUUUCAAUCUGUAAAAAUUCUCAAGUGCUACAACGAAUUCACUAAAAAGGUGCUUAACAAUCCUAAAGGUCUACCUGUCUGUCAGUUACCAGAGAGCCAUAAUACAUCUUCACCAGCGUAUCAAG